AUGGAAACUGAAGUAAAUAAGUCGAUGAUUAAUUGUAAAGAACUACGAGUAGGUGUCGUUGGAUUAGGCUUCAUGGGAUGUAGUAUAACCACCUUUGCUGACCAUACAAUCAUAACAAGCAAUACAUCGGCUAUUCCAAUUAGCGUUCUUCAGGAAGAUCUUCGUCUACCUAAUCGAUUUUUUGGGUUGCAUUGGGGUGUUCCUGCACAUACUGCUCGUUCAGUCGAAAUUAUUUGUGGAAACACCAGUGAUCAAGAACAAGCCAAGUGGUUGUAUCAAUUAUCACAUUUUUGGGGCAAAGAACCGAUGCUGUUACGAAAGGACAUUCGAGGUUUCAUUCGAAAUCGUCUCAUGUAUGCAUUAUAUCGGGAAGCAUUCUAUUUGGUCGAAAAUGGAUACGCCUCUAUUGAAAAUGUCGACCGAGCAUGUCGGAAUGGUCCUGGAAAUUGGAUUACUUUUGUCGGAUGCUUUCGGUGGAUGGAUUUAACUGGUAUACCAGCUUAUCAUACUGUAAUGCAAGAUUUAUUUCCAACCCUUUGUAAUAGCACAGAAGUACCAAAAUUAAUCGACAAAAUAGUAAAAUCAGAUGGACAAGGUAUAAUAAAUGGCAACGGUUUUUAUCAAUAUACAACAGAAGAAGCUUGUUUGUGGAGAGAAACGCAUCAAAAAUUCAGCUAUGAUAUUCGUGAACUGGCGCAGAAGUAUCCAGAGGAUGUGGUGAAAAGAAAAUUGGAACUGCAAGAGAAAGAUCAAUCCAAUUUCGAUAUUGUUUUCUUACAACCGGAAUAA